AUGCGGGACGCGUCGUUCCGGGACGGAUCUGGGGCUGUACGGCCGCGUCGCGACGGCACCGAGGUGCGCACGGAACCCGCCGUUCGCCAGCCCCCCGGCUGCGACGUCUGCACCACGCAGCGCCGAGACCCCGCACUACGGCUGCGCGACGACAGAGGAACGCAGGCUGCACCCUCUGCCGGGCCCGCGCCGUGCCCGCCUCUGGUCCGCGCCAUCGACGUCCCCACCACCUCGCUCUGCAUGCGGAUAGCCCUCUGCGUGCCUGGUUACGCUAUAUACGUGCUCGCGAAUACUACACUACCAAGCCCAUCCCUCCUGUCCAUACGUGGACCCGCGCGGGCAGCACCUGGGAACGAAUGGCCGCUGGAAAUCGACCGUUGUGCUGCCGCGCACGACGCGUGGAUGCCCAUCGCAACGCUGCCUCUCGCCGAGUCGGGGUCGCGUGCGCUUCUGCCCGCUCGCGCUGCAAGCCGUCUCCCCCCACCGUCCUGGACUCUGGAUGUCCCGCUCCGUGGCGACCGCGUGCGCCAUCAACGGUGAUGCAUACGUACCUUACGCGCUGGGACUGGCGUGGUGUAGUGCGGCCUCAGUAGGCCACACGUAGGCUGAUAAGAGAUGCGUGAGCUGACGAACAAUGACACGGUGUGGAGACUUUCACCUGUGCGCAGACGACCCGCGAGGAGAGACAAACACUGCAAGGGAGGUUAGCACCGCGGACCUGCGGCGGAUGCAUGAUGCGCACCACACCACCAGGCGGGUGCCCAACGUGGAGCUCGGGCAGGGAAGAGGACGGGGAACAAGGGACGAGGGGCGGUGGAGUGCGUCCGGGAGGAAGAAGCAGGGCCCGGGAGAUCGAUCUCGGCGCUCCGCUGCGGACAUCUUGUGGGUGCCCCGCCCACCGCGGCCGCAGCACGCUACGGUCGGAGACGCGUGGAUGCACACACCCUGACCGUUGCGCGCGGCUGGCUGGAUACGCGGUUGCCCCGUCUGGCUUCCAUCCUAGGACGGUCUGUGUCCUCGACUGGCGACACCAGCUGCCGGCACCCGGUGAGCACGGACGGCGGGACACCUGCGAUGGCUCAGCACAUUGGCAAGCACUUCGUACAUCUCGCAUGCGCACACGUAGGACCAUGAAAUGCAGGAGAUUCUCCCUUGCCACCCUCCGAGUCAGACUGUCCGGCGCCGGGAUCCUCUCCCGCUCGCUCGCGCGCUCCUCCGCACCUUCGCACACCCACCCGCGUCCCGAUCGGGUGGUCCUGCCUUCACCCUCCGCCCUGCCCGCCCGCUCUCGUAACCCAUCCCCCGGGAACACACGCCCGAGCCCCGCGGCGCGCGCGGCGCGCGUGCGCCACCACCAACCAGCGCACGCCACGAUGCGUAGGCGGCGAGGACCGAGGUGCGUGCCCCCACAACGGACGAUGAUGGUUUCAAUUUGCGGAUGUGCGACGGGACAUCGCGUACGGACGGGUGAUGUGGGCGCCG